AUGAUUUUAAAAUUUUUGAUACUGACGACAUUGCUGAGUGCCGGUAUACAGGCUAUACCUAACGUGGAGCAAAAACCCAAUCGCCCGUCAACGUCUCAAGAACAAGUAGCUGCUUGGGCCACAAACGCGCCGUUCAAUGCCGUAUAUGGAGCUGUGGCAGGGUCACCAGUUGGCCAACAGCAAGUUGGCGUCGUGGCACAGUCCAAUAGAGACACACAAAUAGCAUUCAAUACUCAAUCGGCAGUAGUUGGCAAUACUGGCAUGCAAUCAGCACAUUUUCCGAUGACCUCAGAGCCCGCUGCAGUGCACACCGUCGAAGAAAAUGAUGUAAAAAUAGACGAUUACGAUGCCUACCACGAUUAUCUAUCUUACUAUGAGGACCAAGUCACUGCUUUUCCACUACACGAUGACGAGGACUCCGUUGAGGAACAAGAGGUUUGGCCUCCAGUUGGCAUACUUCCACCACCUCCACCGCCGCCAGUAAGACCAACAUAUUAUCCACCAUAUUACCCAACAACAAAACCACCAACUCGCCCCACAACUGUACGUCCACGCCCGCCACAGUAUCCGUCACUAUAUCCACAGUAUCCCACACCACCUCCAAAACCACCACAUUAUCCACAAUACCCAAUAAGUCAGUUGCCACCGCUGCCACAUUAUCCACGACCCACUACGACUCAACGCCCCACUACCACAACCACGCCAAGCUAUCAGAAACCCGGUGGUGGUGGUGACGAUGUUACCGUGUUGGAGAAUUACCAAAUCAUUUCCAAUAAAGGCAUUAACGAAUACAAACUGCGUCUGAGCAACGGCUUGUCCGAUUACAAGAAGAUAACGAAGAAGCAUAUUGGCAAGGAUAUAAUUUAUGUGCAGUCCGGCUACUACUCGGUGCCGGUCGAUCCAGAGAAAAAUAAAUUCAACAUAAUUCAUUAUAUUGCCGACGAGAAGGGCUACCGGAUUGUUGGAGUACAACCUUGUUCAAGUGUGCAUCAGUGUAAAGCUUUGGAGGAGUGAAGUUGUUGAAACAAAC